UUUGCUGCUAUUCGCGAUUGACUGAUCCCGAAAGAAAGGACUGGCUGGAGUGGAGUGGACUGGCAGAAUUAAGUGAAGAACAUUAGGGAAUGGGGAUUUGGGGUAGGUUUUGGUAAUAAUAGCAAAUAUAACAUGAUGAGAAUCACAACACUGGAAUAAACACAAUGUGUAACGUGUAAUAAAUUAUGUUUAUUGGAGAAAUAUGCUUAAUAUAUUAGUACAGUUUGUUACGUUUUAGUGAGCAGUAGAAAUUAGUUUACUGACCACAAACCUAACAGUUGAUUUUCGUGGAGUUCGAUGAAAAAUAUGAUUAUGGCUUUACAUAGUUUUGUGGAAAUAAAAUUAUUUUGUGUUAAAGAGAUUUAGGUAUAUACGUUGCAGUGUGUCCUUCGUCAUGGGUUUUGAUGUCCAUAGAUUCUCUGGUGAAGUAGAUGAAGAAUUAGUGUGUCCAAUAUGUUCUGGUGUUUUGGAAGAUCCUCUUCAGGCCCCACUGUGUGAACAUGCGUUCUGUCGGAGCUGUAUCCAGGAGUGGAUCUCCCGGCAACCUACUUGUCCGGUGGACAGACAAGCCAUCACUUCUGCACAAUUGAGACCUGUGCCACGUAUCCUUCGAAACCUCUUGUCAAGAUUGUGUAUCACAUGUGAGAACUCCCAGUACGGCUGCAGUGCUGUACUCAAACUGGAUUCUCUGACCUCGCAUCUGGAGGAGUGUGAACAUAAUCCCAAGCGGCCGGUCCCUUGUGAACAAGGCUGCGGCCUCGUCAUACCAAUGGAUGAACUCAAGGACCAUAACUGUGUGAAAGAACUACGCUCUUUAAUUCAUUCUCAACAGCAGAAAAUGGCAGAUUUCCAGAAAGAAAUAGCAGACCACAAGUUCCAAUUGAAUCAGCAGAAGCGAGAAAUCCACCUUUUAAAGGACUUCAUGAGAGCCAUGCGGGUAUCGAACCCCACCAUGCGAGCUCUGGCGGAGGAAAUGGAGCGGGAUGAGGUAGUGCGAUGGAGUAACUCGCUAACUCGUGCUCGCGUAACUCGCUGGGGUGGUAUGAUCUCCACACCUGACGACAUGCUACAGGCAAUGAUCAGGCGAUCACUGAACGAGUCAGGGUGUCCGACACACAUCAUAGAUGAUCUAAUGGACAACUGCCAUGAACGCAGCUGGCCAACGGGACUCAAUUCUCUAGAGACACGACAGAAUAACCGACGCCAGUACGAGAGUUACGUAUGUAAGCGGAUCCCAGGCAAACAGGCAGUGGUGGUGCUGCAGUGUGACAACCUUCACAUCAAUGAGGACAUGAUGGCAGAACCUGGCCUCGUAAUGAUAUUUGCCCACGGCAUCGAGGAGAGCUAGUGAUGCAGACAGUAUUUAGGCCAUAGAUGUCGGUUUAAAAGUGGUUGAACUAUAUUCAAUUUUGUCUCAAUAUACUGUAAAGCAAAGUGGUCAUUCAUUAGCUUACCACUGAUUUUGAGACCCGAGUUUCUAGAACAAAUAGAUUUUCAUAAAUAUAACACUGUAGAUUACUCCUAUCCUAUCUGCCAUUACUCAGACCUGAAAAUAUGAAUACAGCAUAUUAUUUUUGAGUAAAUAAUAUUAGUUAUUCAUUAUUUAUUCGUACAGGCUUCUAAAUAUUUACUAACCAAAAUACUAAGUAUUGAUUUAUAAAGACUUAUUUUACAUUAAUUUAUUGUUAUCCAGCUGUCAGUAGUUUUUACACGUUUUAAAACAAUUCUUACUCAGUCAUAUAAACUCACAAAUAAUAAUAAAUGUAAAAUUAUUCAAGUACUUUAUAUGUAGGCCUAUAUUACGGCCUACAGUAAUUUAUGUUUUACAGUAUGGGUGUGCAAAUUAGGAAGAAGCAGUUUACACUGUUAUACAUUUUUGAAAAUUUUUUCUUGUAUAAGAUAUGUGUUUCAAAUUAAAGUGUAGAAGGUGGAAAGUUGGUGAAUGGACAUAAGUAUUUACAGCUUAUUUUAGUUUAUAUUGUCACUUGCGUGUGCUUCCAUAUUUUUAUCAGUUUAAUAUCAAGUUAUUUGUUUAAAAAUUAAACGAUUUUAUAUAAUUUAUAUUUUGUUGAAACAUUCUUAAGGUGUUUUCUCAUAUAAAAUUUAAUAUUUUAUUUAAAAGUUGUAUAUUUUACGGCUGAUUGAAAUUUAUUGGCUUAUUUUGUACAGUUGUGCAGAAACUACCAUAAAAUCUAGAGGUAAAAAUGUUUGAGACCAAUUUUUGCAUGUUAAAGAUAGUCUAAAAUAGGAGGAAAAUCUGGAUAGUUCAUUUUGUAGGAUGUAAUUAAAAAUAAACAAAGAAAAUUAAUUUUUGCAGAUGAAAACAUAAUUGCUUAAUCAAUGUCAUUCUAUUCCAAAUGAGGUAACAAAUAUUUUUCUUUUCUUGAGGCUCUUUUGUGUCUUGUCAUGUUGCCACUAUUUCAUUUUUUAUAGCCCAAAUAAAAAGUCAUUGAAACAGUGAUUCAAGCUCCAUUUUAAACACGUGUUUCUAUCCUGCCUUCAAACAUUGAUUUUACAAAGUGCAAAAAAUGACUGGUGACUCUAUCAGCCCUUUAUAAAUUGCAAUGUAUUUUUAACUCAGCUAUUACUGUGCAAUUCAGUUGUUAUGGUUGCUUUUUAUAGUAUGAGAAUAUUUGUAGUUUAUUGAUGUAAGUGGUUUAUUCUUUUGUAUAUUGCUUUAAAAGUGUUUUUGUUGAGUUGUAAUACAUUUUAUAUUAAAAAUCAUAAAGUACCCAAAUUGCCUGUUUUCUUAAAAAUGUUGUAAUGUUUAUGAAUUUGUAUGCAUAACAAUUUCAUUUUUAGCUUCCUAUGAAACAACAUAGACAUUUUCUAAACUACAUAAUAUUUAACAUCCAGUUUAAUUUAUUUUUUUACUUUGAAUUUUGAAAUGUAAAAACAUAUCCAAGUCAUGGUUCCACCCAGUUAGUGUAACAAUUCUUAAAACUCCAGGAAAACUAAAAUUUUGACUUAAAAUAGAUUUUAAUUCUAAUUAGAAUAUCAUUCCCUAUCCUUUCGUGUAAAGAUGAUUUAGUCGCUUUAAUUUUUUUAACACAACCUUUUGAGUGCUACAACUAAUUAUUCUGUUAUGGAACUUUUACCACAAAUGUAAAAAUGGCAAAAAUGCCAGACGUGGUAGUUAUUUUUGUAGGAAAUUAGUAGUUUUGACUGUAUAUUUAAAAACUUGUAUUUGGACUAUACUCUGAUUAUAUAAUUUGCUCAUUCAUAGUACUGCAUAAAACAGUUAAAAAGCUUAAUCUAUCGGUGCAUAUAGAAAUGUUUACAAACAUUUUCAGCAUGGGAGUAAUAUUAUUAAAAAUAUAUAUAUCACUAAUAGUAAAUGUGUUAUAUUUAAUUUAAAUUGCUAUGUUUAAAAUCAGAGUAACAAAGUAUAUUAUGAGGGAUAUUUUGUUCAACCUCUGGUGUGUAUAAAAAUAAAACUAAUGAGUAUUAUGAGCUUUAUUAUUGAAAGUUACAUACAUACAUGGUUUCUUUUCAACAUAAUCACCACUUCAAUUGAGGCAUUUUUCAAAUGUAGUACAAGCUUUCUAAUAUCCUCCUCAUAAAACAUUGUGGCCAGUUCAGUGACUUAAGAUGAUGGGCUUCCACGGUGUUUCAAAGUUCAUUUUAUAGAGGAAUGUCAGUGCUAUGCCAAGGUUUAGGCCAUAUGGUCAAAAAUAUCCCAUUAAAACUCGUUAAGAAGCUGUUUUGUCAGAACAGCACUCAGGGUGAAAUUUCAGGACAGGCAUUGUCAUGAAAAAGAACUAUUUCAGAAAUGAGCAUUCUUUUUUGUGCUGAAUUGUUUUCUGCAACCUUCAUAGUUUUUCACAAUAACCUUCUGCAUUUAUUGUGGUUGCUGGCUGUAAGAGCCCACAAGCAAAACAUUUUUUCAAUAAAUAAACAAAGUGUUCUCUAUCACCUUCAUAACGAUUAAGAAGUGAUAGUGCUCCUGCUAUUCGUCGCUUUAUGAUCAUUGGACACCUUGUAACCUACAGAGCACAAAUCUUCUUCUACCCUAGAUGUACUAUUAUAAUACUGUAGAGGACUUAUCUUUAAAUUUUAGGAAAUUUACCAGACAACUCAUUAAUGCCUUUAACUGUACUAUCCCAAAUUACAACCACACCAAGAAACUUUGUGCAAAAUCUGACUGGAGAAUUUGCAAUCCAAAUCCGCCUCCUAUCGAGAUCCCAUGAGGAUAAUUAGCGGGCUUUAUAUCUCAGUCAUGUCACCUUGGAAGAAGGUUAGCUCUAUUCCAGCCUCCUCCAGUCAAAGUGGUUAGAGAAAAGUACCCACCUCAUAUUUAGGUUAGCCCAUAACACUGAGGUAGCUCCAACAACUCCAAAAGUUAUCCUUCUACAGUAGACUAGACCUGUUGAUUAACAAUUUUUAUCCCAAUAUCUCAUCAUUUGCGGUUAGUUAUGUGCUGCGCCUGGUGAAAGGGAUAUCAGUUUUUGCUGUACCGAGUGUAUGUUCAACUGGAAGGUGUAAGCCACCCAGAAGUGAACCCUCCAGAGUAUAUUGUCUACCUUGAUCUUAAAUUUAAAAUAAUCAAUAGAGAUCUUAUUUAUUCAAAAGAUAAUUUUGUGAUAUAGUCAUAGUUAUAGUCAAUAAUUUUUUCCAUAAACAUUAUAAGUGCUUUUUCAUCAUAAAAUAGUAUAUAAAAUAGAAAUAUAUAUUAUAUAAAAUAUUUUACUCAUAUUUACAAAUAUAAGAAGAAUACAUAAUUCAGUGUAUUUGAGUUAUACCUUGAAUAAUACUAUAAACUUUUAUGUAUAUCUAUCUAUCUUCGCAUAAAUGAAAAUACAAAUUAUAGCCAAAAUAUUAUUUGUUAACUACGGUAAUUUGUUUAUAUAUCUAAUUUUUUCAUACAAAAAGUACAACAGCAUAUAUUAGUAAUAGGAAAUUUGCGUACUAACAUGAAGCUGUGUUCUGCAAAUAAACAUCUAUCUAUCUUCGCAUAACUGAAAAUACAAAUUAUAGCCAAAAUAUUAUUUGUUAACUACAGUAAUUUGUUUAUAUAUCUAAUUUUUUCAUACAAAAAGUACAACAGCAUAUAUUAGCAAUCGGAAAUUUGCGUACUAACAUGAAGCUGUGUUCUGCAAAUAAACUUAUUUGGAUUUGAGAUUCAGUUUUGACAUUAGUCAUUAUAGUGAAAUCAUGACUUCCAUCCAUCCUUAGUAAAAGUUCCAUGCACAUUAUACUAAUUCAUACAUAAUCCAUGCUUUUCCAGAUUUUUCGGUGGCAGUGCUGGUUAACGUCCUGCGAAAGUGUUGUGGCUCCGAAUAUAUCAAACUGCCGACCAAUAUAUGAAGAGUGCAUGAGAAAGUUAUGUAGUACAGAAAUUAAAGUGCGAUUAAUUCGCUAUCUGUUGAAUAAUUAGAUACUGGUACCAAACAGUACCUUGCACAGUGGCCCCUAGAAUAUGAACAUAAUUAAUUACUGGCUCUUAAAUAUUUUGUGUUUGCCUUAAGAUAAUACAAGAAUAAAUCACACCAUAAUGAAAAUACAACUACAAAAUAAACUGACAACGUAAGGCUCUUCACGUAACGUUUAGUUGAAUAAUUGGUUUGAAUUGUCAGGAGAAGUCUUUCCGACAAAUAAUAUCAUAGGAGACAUUGUGGAGUUUCCACUAGUUGUCAUACUACUAAUGCCUCUUUGUUAAGAGAAACUGACAUAUUUGUGGGGAAUUCGGUCAACUGAUCGUCUACAGACUGAUGACAAUUUUCAUUCAGACAGGUUUGGAUGUGGCCGUGAUAUGAAACAUAACCUAACUUGUUUCAACCUAUGUAUUCUGACAACCAAUCGGACCAUAGUGAGGAGCAAAUGUUUACAGACCAAACUAAGACGAUUGGUUGGCAUACUUCUCUUCCAAUGGAUCGUUGCUUGUAAAAAGGAAGCUUACGCAUUAAAAUUAAAAACUAAUACAAAAUUUCUUAAAGAAAUGUAUAGCAUCAGUUUGCAAUCGAUACAAUUCAAAUUGUAUAAAAGAAGUCAUGUGAUUUUUUUUCUGGAGACGUAGUAGUUGUCGUAAGUUCUCUUAAGUUAUUCCUCCCCAGGCGGCUCCCUCACAUCGAAUGUGUGAUUACUAAAGCAAGUAGUUUUUGCAGUUGGUGUGUUAAUGAUGGUUUUUAUUUAAUUCGAAAUAAUAAAGACUGGUAUUUCAUUUUUUACACAGUUUGUCGAUAUGCCGUGUCCAUGGUAUUGUUCACCAAUAAACACUCCCAGAAAUUUUGUGUGUGGCUUCAUAUCGACAUAUGGUAGGGGGCUGGUAUCUUAUCUCACCUUCUACCAAAGACAUAUUAACCACCAAGUCCUUGUAGUUGCAGUACUGAUAUGUCUGUUCAAUGAGGUUUAUGAGCUUACUUACCGCCAGCUGUUCAUUGGAGUUUUCUGAAGAGAGAAGGGCUGUAUCAUCUGUGUACAUUAGAUUCCAUCCAGGUAUCAGGGCAUAUUGUUUGUAAAUAAAGAUAAACAAUACAGGGCCGAGGACAGAUCCUUGUGGUAUACCUAUAUUCACAGGGUGUAGUUUUGAUCUUACAAGUAUGGAUCUUGCCUCUUUCUGUGUGUUUAACUUCAACCAGUUGGCUGUGUUGUUCUAGAUAGCUCUUAAACCAGAUAGGAGCAGUAUCUCUAAUGCCCAGAUGGUUAAGUUUGUUUAAAAUGAGAGAGUGGACAAAGCAAUCAAACGUCUUAUUGAAAUCAAGCACAAUGAUUGCAGUAGUAAUAGAUCGCCCUUUUCAGAAGUCAUGUUGACUUUCUAUUAGUAGCUUAUAAUGUUUGUAAUAGUCUAUCAAUCUUUUUUAAGACUGAUAGGAAUGUCCCUGGUUUUAAGAACAUUGGUUAUAAAGACCACAGGUGUUGCAAGUAUAUGACUACAAUGUUUUAAUAGCUUGAAUGAUACACCAUCUACGCCUGCUGAGGUUUUAAGCUUGAAACUCUUGGUUAUGUUUUGAAUUUCUUCUGUGUUUGUGUUUAGCAGAUGUGUAGAACUAACUAAGAUAAACUCUACUACACUGGUGGAAGCAUCCAUAGAUUAACCAGUGUCAGGUGGGGCUCGACAACACAUCGAUCACAAACUAUGUCCAAGGACUCUCACAGCAACAUCAUCAUUACACACACUUUGUUAAUUUUAAUUCACAGUUUCAACCAUCAGUGUAAAACUUAGGCCUCCUUUGUCUUUCAUUUAUCUCUAUUUCUUCUGGAGAUGAGAUAUGGUUUUUCAAAGUGGUAUUUAUUUACCAUGCACUCGUAUGGCUUUUGUCUAGAACUGCUCCUAUAUUCUUUACCGGUUUUUAAUACUUUAUUCUACCUUCCAUAGUUUCUUUUUCUGGUGAAGGUUAUACAUAUUUUUCAUGGGUUAAUCCCCAAACACUCCCCACGACACCAGUUGCUUAUAAAUUUGACGGCAUCUUAAGUGAGGUGUUCUAACCUCCCUUUAUUUCUUCCCCUUACCAUAAGCAGUAGGUCGUCAGCAUAACAUUGUAGUUUUAUACCCCUUUCUUCUACUUUAGUCAAGAGAUCUUUCACCACCAUUGCCAUCAAAGGGGAGACGGUACCCCUGCUACAAUCCACUUGACAGCAUCUAAGGGAACACCAAAUCUUUCCAAUACUGCCUCCAUAGAUUCGUACGCUUCUCUGUCAAAAACUCCUUCAAUAUCCCAUAAAGACACUGAUUAGGGCUUCAUUUUCCUUGAAGGUGUCUUUGUCACUUGCACUAAACUGUGGAGAGCAGUGGCUGACUUACCUUCAAGAUAUGCAUGUUGAUAUAGAAUAAGUGGGCAUACCAACAAUGUUUCAUUCCUUAUGUAUCUAUUAUUUUUUACAUUAUAUUUACCAUGAAGGAGGUUAUACUGAUAGGCAGGUAUGACAGGCUAAGACAAGUGUCCACCUUUUUUCAGUAUAAACACCACCAAUGCAGUUCUUUCAUUGUUUUUUCCAUUGCAUGAAUAACUGAACAGAAACAUUCAGGACAAAAGCCGAAGAGAAUAUCUUUGAAUUCACGCACUAUUGUGAAUGUUGUCUACGCUAAGUAGUUGGCCGUUUUUGCCGCCUGAUCACAAUGCAACAUUUUCUCAAAACAUGUAUAUAAUUUUCUUCCGUUUUGGUCACUAAUUUUAAGAUAAAAACAUGAUAAAAUUGUAAAUGAUUUUAUACAUUCAAAAUUAUUGUGCUACAACCUCAAAAAUUGAAAAUUAACCUAAAAAGUUUGUCUAAAUGAUGAAUUUUAAUUUUUUCCCUACAUAUUUACACAGUACUCUUUUAAAGCAAUUAUCAAUUUUAUUUCCUACUUCUAUGUGAUAAAUCAAAAACAUUCUCAUUUUAUCAUUACAAACACUUUAUUCCCAUCUCCAUGGUUCAUAAAUACAAUCAGAAAUGGGAGAAACACUAAAACUAUAUUAUUGUUCUAUUUUUGGAGUAUGUGAAACCUCAUUAAAAUUAGAAAAAAUGUUGUCUUGUUGCAGAAUCAAUUCAGCCAAAAGAACAUGUUAACUCGAUAAGGAAAAGGUCAAUUAGGUUAUCUUGUUCACUUAUUUUUACAGUAGUUUUACGACUUAAUGUGAAUACCUGUGACUGAUUUUGUUAAUUGUAAACAACUAAUGUUUCAAUGGAUUUUUAUUAGUUUGUACAUUUAUUGAACCAUCCAGGAAAUUAAUAUAAACUAUAUAUGAUUUACCACAAUUAUUUAAAAUUUAUUAUUUUUUACUUUUUAUCAUUUAUUUGAAUGGUAAUCAUUUGGUUUGUACACCAGUCUGUUUUUUUAUAGUAUAAAUCUUUUAGAAAUUUAGCAUGGAAAACACAUGCUAGUACAAAGUUAUAAUUUUUCAAAAACAAUCUCAAAGACUUGAAUUACAAUGGUUUUAAAAUACCAAUUGUUGUUAGUUAAAUUUUAUUAUCACAAAAUCGUAAUAAGGUUUCUAUAGGUGAACCUACGGAAUGAUCAAUUUGUUAUGUGGCACUGGCUACAAAUAUCUACCAAUACAGAGCAAAAUAUUAAAGAGAGGAGGUCUUUGCUUAACAGCAUUGAUUAUAAUGGGUAUGCAGGUUAAUCUGUCUAUGAUCAAAGCAAUUUAUUAUCUUAUCAUUACUGUCCCUUAUGUGAUUCAAACUCCCCCUUGUUCUGUUUAUAGGCAGAAUAAUGAUAAAAAAUGCCUUUAACUAAAAAAAUACAUACAUUAUUACUCUCACUAUCAUAUAUUUGUUGGAAUGUCAUUAAUUUUUGUAUACAGUGUAUUAUAGUAAAAUCGCUAAUUUAAGGACAUAAACAUCAACAUACAUUUAUUUGUGUUCAGUGUAUGGCAUCACAUGUCCUGCAAGUGCUGUGUUUUUGUUUCGUUUGCUUUAAAUGUGUGAGAUACACUUAGGACAAGGAAAACUGCUUUUUCAGAAAAAUAAUUCCAAAAGAGACUAUGCAAUUCAAUCACAAUAACCCAGUGACUAUAAAGAGCAGACUAUCAAAAUAUUUUGGCAGCACUUUUUGGAACCAAUAAAUCCUUCUUCUCCUAUUUCCUAAUAUUAUUCCCCUUCUGUGUAGAAAAACUGUGCUGUUUCAUAAUUCAAAGACAUAUUAGAAUCUCAUUCCAACUUAGAUUUGACUAGUCAGUAAGAGCUAACUGUGAUUAAUAUAGUAUGGUCAUGAAACCUUGAUCUUUAUUGUUUGUUAGGUCAGGUAGCUUGGGGUAUUCCCUUUUUAAUUUUAAUGUAUUUGUGUAACAAUAUUUUGUAUGUGAUAUUCAGUAGUAAAUUGUUAAGUACUGUAUAAUUGAUUUAAAAUGGCAGGUUGUAUGUAGUUUUAGUUUAAAUAUCAUGAUGAUUUUUGCUGUAUAUAUUUCAUGCUGAAGUAUUGUGACAAGUUCAAUAAACACAUUAUUAAUAUUGA